CAAAGAAGGAAUAAGGAAACUGUUCUAAAUAAAGAAACUAAGAUGUCGCCCAGAGCUACCUCAGAUCCAGAAAUUAUCAGCGAAUCUGACAGAUUUCCUCGCGACUAGAAGACCCAAAGAAAACGAAAGAAGCAAUAUUUUGAUUACUCGCAAUAUAUAAAGGCUCCAGCGGAAAGCAAUGUCUCAAUUUUCUAGGCAGAGAAACUCUCAUAAUCUCACAGAGUUUGUACUGGAAAGUAGAAGACGAUUUCAAUGGAGGUAGACCUGCAAAAACUCCGGCUCCUGCAGUCCUUCUCUGUCCUCUUUCUCUCCCAUUAGUCUUUCUGGUCUGAUUGCUUCCGUCUUCCCAUUUUAACAUGUCACUGCAGGCGAGUGUCAUGAAGGUGAAAGUCCAUUGUUGCAGAUCAUGCCAAAGGAAGGCCAAGAAGAUCUUGGAGCAAGCACCUGGAGUGCAAGCCGUACGCAUGGACAAAAGCGAAGGUUUGCUCACCGUCACAGGCGACGUAGAGCCUCUCCUGCUGAUCGAGACGGUGGAGGAGGAGGUCAGGAAGAGGGUGGAGCUCUGGUCUUUCCGAAGGUACCCCGCGCGCAGUAAUACUGAAGAAGGCAGAGGCAAUGCUGGCGCGACCAAAGGUAAUACUGAAGCAGGCAGCGGCGGUGACGGCGCUCCCAAAGAGGCGAACUUGCGUGGGGCGAGAGAUGGGAAGAAGGCUGCUUGCAGGAGGAGAGCCGAUAGAGAAAGGGCAGGGCAUGCCGACCCUGCCUCGGCAGGCCUGCGCUGGCCGGGACCGGCAGGGCAUCAUCCUGUGGCUGGGCCUUGCCAGCAUCACGGGGAUCCGGUGCGGCCUCUUUUCUGGGGUCCGCACGGGCCGCCUCCUCCCGCGUGCUAUGGGCCGCCUCUGUUCCCACCGCCUUACCCUUGGUACUAUCCCAUGCCUCCGCCUCCGAUGCAGCCACCACCGCCAUAUUGCUACCACCAUGAAUCGCGGCGACCAAAACAAUGAUCGGCUACGACAGACAUGUUGAAAUCCGCCAGGAUUGCGUAAUACCGUUGCUGAAACUUGUUUAGGUUCUUGAAGGACUAGCUAUUUAGAUUGGUGAACCACCGAUGCUGAUGAGCCAUGGUUUUGGACAAAUUUUAUUCUGGCAAUUCCU